AUGCUUCGCCAGCUCCGCCAGCUUUGCUGCGCGCUGCUGCUGUUGCUGUGCACCGGUGGCGGCCUCGUCAUUGCGGUGCCGCACCAUUGCGUGUUUGAUCGCCUGCCACGGAACGUUGGCGAGGUGACGGGCGGGGAGGAGCCGGCCAGUCCUGUCACUGUGUCCGUGGGCAGUGACUGGACGCCCCUCCGAAUCAAGGUGUUUGCGGAUGACCUGGAGGGGUUGGGGGGAUUCUGCACCAGGGCCGGGGAGCAUAUAAACAUGUUUUUUGGCAAGGAGAUGGUCUGCCAGGAGGAGGACAUUCUGACGGAGGAGAAGGUGGACAUUCUCGAGAACGUGAUUCUUCCCGAGGCGGCGAAGAUGCACAGCGAGCGUCUGCUGGUGCGGCCGCUGGAUGGCCCGCUGGUCGUGCCGAGGUUCCGUGAGGGCAGUGUUUGCGGGAAGUUUCCUGUGCCGGAGGAGCACCACACGGAUGGGGUGCCCGAUGCGGACAUGGUGCUGUACGCGACUGCUGUUCCGACGUUCAAGCCGACCUUUGCGUGGGCGAUGCCGUGCGCGACGUUGGGCCCGCGAGGGCGUCCUGUUGUUGGCGUCAUCAACUACAACCCGCGCCACAUCGAGAACACGUCGCAGCACAUCCGCGUGGCUGUGCACGAGAUGGCGCACGCCCUCGGCUUCAUUGUGGCGGACAUGGAGGAGCAGGCGCUGGUGAAGCGGGAGGAGGGUGUGCGUGGGAGGAGCAGUGUCCACGUUGUGAAUUCCCGGAAUACGUUGGAGCAGGCAAGGCUCCACUACGGCUGCGAGUCAGCGCCGGGCAUGGAGCUGGAGUUUGCGCCGCCAAUGCGGAAUCCGGCAGCGCCAGGAGGGAAAGCACCACCACCACCACCACCACCACCACCACCCGCGCCAAAACCAGCAUCGGCAGCAUCGCCACCGGGACCGGGGCAACCACCACAAAUAUCAAAACCACAAACAUCACAAACACAACCAUCGUCAGCAGUUCAACAACCAUCUGCGCCAUCAGCAACACAACCGGCGAGUUUGCCGGGUUCAGCGGCUGCACCACCUGUUCCACGUCGGCCGGUGAUUCGACGUGUCACAGAUGCGGAACGAAGGGCAGAAGGAGAGAGGCCUAGACGUCCCGAUGCCGGGCGCAGAUCAGAGCUUACCAAUGGUCCACCAAUGUACCUACCAGGAAGAGGUCCACCAGGACAAAAUGGAAGAGGAUAUGGCCUGCGAGGCGGAGGAGCUGCUGGGCAAAGGGGUAGGCCAGGCGCAGGAGGAAGAGGUAGGGAACCAGUGGGGCCAGUGGGGGGAGCAGGAAGUGCGCAAGCUCUCACGCUGCGUGCGGCCCAACAUAUUUCCGCAUCAACGCAGGCAGUGACGGACGGAACCCUCUCAACGGGCACCACGCUCACGGUGGUGGAGAAGCAGUGGAGGCCGUCUUCGUGGCUUGGCCUGAUGUCUCACUGGGGGCGGCGGAACGCGAAGGAUGAGCUGAUGGCGAGCUUCGUUGUUUCCGGCUACUACACCGCGAUCACGAUGGCACUGUUCACCGACCUCGGCUACUACAAGGCAAACUUCGAGAUGGCGGAGCCGAUGAGCUGGGGCAGCGGAGCCGGCUGCGCGCUGCUGACCGACAAGUGCGUGACGGACGGUGCCACGCUGUACCCUGAUAUGUUCUGCACCGACUCGAGCGACGCCACUCUGCGGUGCACGUCUGAUCGCCAGUCGCUGGGGACCUGCGCAAUUUACCAGGACGAUAACAUCCCACCGGAGUUCCAGUACUUCGCCACCAAGCAGGGCUCCAGGCGAGGGGCCAUGAUGGAGUACUGCCCCUUCAUCGCGCCAAUGAAUGGCACUGGGUGCAUGGAUGGCGACGAGGCCAUCAUGCCUGGGAGCGUUGUUGGCCCGUCCUCACGCUGCUUGACUGGGGAGAACCUUCGGAUGGGCAGUACGGUUGUUGGUGACGUGUGCGUGCAGUUGAGGUGCGGUGAGGGCACGCUAAGUGUGCGGUACAGGGGCAGCGAGGAGUGGCAUCCCUGUGCACCGGGACAGACGCUGACGCCCCCGGCGCCAUUCACGGCGGGCAGCAUAAGAUGCCCCUUGUUCAGCGAUGUCUGCCUCACCAUGUUGAAGCACAGUGAUGCGAGCAGCACCGACGUGGAAAGCCACCCGAAACACCUUGCGAUGAUCAGAAAUAAUGAUGGCAGCGCUUUGGCGGUCACUUCUGCGCCGCUUCUUCUCCUCCUCAUUGUGAUCGGCACGGUGAUUGUCGCACCCUGA